AGUUUUCGCACCAACUUUAGAUGAUCUCCGAAGAAAUUGAGAGAGAGCAGAAGGAGCGACGGGAAUAUGUGAAGAACAUCGGCAUCGAAUAUCGCUUCGGCUGUUAUGAGGAAAAGCGUCCUGAGUCUUGUCAGCUGCUUGGUGAAUACAUGGAAGCGCUGCAGCAGAACUUCAAAGCUGCGUUUACGUUGUUCAAGCAGAAUUGCGAAGAAAGGAAAUAUCCGCAAAGCUGCUACAAAUAUGGCAUGUAUCUUCUGGCUGGCAAAGAAUGUACGCCGGACUUAACAAAAAUGAUUGAGCCAAUGCAGAUCGCUUGUGAUGGGAACAUAAAACAAGGUUGCAGGUAUCUAUCGUUAGUACACUGGAAUGGCGAAAAACAUCGACCUGCCGAUUCCAAGAAAGCUGAGCAUUAUAUGAAGAGAGCUUGUGAAUUAGAGGAUGGCGAAGCUUGUUGGUUGCUCAGCACAUGGUACAUGGGUAAUAAAGAACGAUUUCGUACAGCGCCGACUGUAGGAAAUCAGGAGGUUGAUCGAUCAUCGCUAGGAUCUCUUGAUCGAGAUAUGUACAAGGCAUUAGAAUAUGGGAUCAAAGCGUGCGAACUGGACAUCCCACAGAGCUGCGCCAAUGUUGCUCGAAUGUAUAAACUCGGCGACGGCAUAGAACAGAAUAUGGAUAAAGCGAAGGAGUACAUUGAUAAAGCUCGUGAGAUGGUGGAAGAACUGAAGAGACGUGAAAACAUUCCUGGAUUUACUGGCUAGAGUUCAGCAUCUAGUAUCGCUAGUUGAUAGGUUUAGAUCAAUAAAAAUG